UAAGGGUCUGUGGAGCAAAAUACAAGAAGGCUGCUGGAAUCACAGACAAGAAGUCCUGCUCGCAGAACCCUCGCUUGAUGCUCAGCUGGACAGGUUAUCUAUCUAUGAAAAGUAAACUGAAAGAUAACAGCUGCAUGUGAGUAUGUGGAAACAAGCUGAACUGUCAGACUAACCUGAUGGCAAACGAGAUGAUCACUCCUCUUUUUUUGUUUUUCUUAACAUUUGGAAUUCAUUCGCAAGUGCAAGCUUGUGGCGGUGAAUACACUGCACUCACUGGUCUCAUACUGUCUCCAUUGUACCCGAGUCAGUACCCGCCUGACCAGGAUUGUGUUUACAUCAUCAGAGCACCAACAGGAUAUCGGAUCAGCUUGUACUUUGUCACCUUUGAGCUUGUUGGUGAUAGGGGUAACUGCCAGGACUAUAUACAGAUUAGAGAUGGUGAUUCAUGGACGUCACCAUUCUUGACUAUCUACUGCAACACGUCAGCGUACCCAAGAAGAUCCACAUCAAACACAAUGUGGGUCAGAUUCUAUUCUGACGGGACUCAGUCCGCAGGUGGCUUCCAUGCGAGCUACACUGCAGCCAUAAUUCCCUUAAAGUUUCUCCUUAUUACCGAAUCUUUGCUAUCGGGGUGGCGGGGUAUUCGCAACAUAGACAUCGACACGAAUACCCUUUAUGACAUUCCUGUCGAGGGACUACAAGACCCAGCUGCUGUUGACUACGACCCAAUGACUGGUCGUGUCUACUGGACAGACAAUGGGGAGCAGACCAUCCGAGCAUCGAACCUUAACGGCAGUGAUGCUCGGCUUGUUCACUAUUUAGGAUUGGCCUCUGUGCCAGACGGUCUGUGUGUAGACGCACUGUCCAGGCUCAUCUUCUACACAGACGCAGGCAAUAAAGUCAUCGGCAUGAUCACCAUGUACAGCAACACUCAUCGAAUAGUCAUCAACUCCUCCCUUGACAUGCCGAAAGACAUCGAGCUUGACAAACACAAUGGGGUAAUGUACUGGAGUGACCGUGGCGCCACACCUACCAUAGAGCGAGCCAACUAUGACGGUACAGGACGUCAGACUCUGGUCUCAGGGGGCGAGUAUCUCAACCAACCCAAUGCCAUCGCUCUCGACACAGUCGAAGGCAGACUGUACUGGGCAGAUGGUGGAACACAGAAGGUAGGCUGGGUGAACCUGGAAGGGAAGAAGACUUCGUUGAUUCAACAACAACCAGGAUUAGUCUAUCACGGCAUGGACCUCUAUCUCAAUGACUUCUUUGUGACGGACUGGAGCUUUCUCAAUCUCAAUCAGACGAUAAAAACACACGUAUUUCGCUAUGGCAAGGAUGGCAGUAAUAGAAGAAGCAUUUUCUACCAACCCUCGAAAUUAAAUGAUAUCCGCGUCUACGCUGAGGAAAUUGAAGAUAAAGGGCCAAACGGAUGUGGAAGCAACAACGGUGGUUGUAGUUACAUCUGUGUACCCACACCUGGCAACAGAAGUAAAUGUCUCACUGAGGACGGAGGAUCUACUAAAAGUGAAAGUCCAACUACUGGCAGCACAACUAAAGCAAGUGAUCUGGUCACACCGAGUUCUACACGUGAUUCCAACAUACCAGCAGAAGCAGAGUCUGUGAGCACUAACACCAAGAUCAUCAUUGCUGUCUGUGCUGUGGCCGCUGUCGUGGGGAUUGCUGUAAUCAUCGCGGUCGUAGUUUUCUGGAAACUAAGACGUCAAAACAAUCGCAAAGAACAUGGGGAUUCCACGCAGAAAAACAACACAAAUGGAAAGCCACCGGAGUCACCGACAUCAACAGGAUAUAAUAUUACAGUCGAUAAUAAUGUAUACAAUGACCUUAGCCCUCAGUCCAGUCAUAGAGAGGUCAUGGUUAAUGAUGCAGGAGGGAUGUUCUUGUCUGGACAUGACUAUACCAAACACCGGAGGAAAUGCGACAAAAGAGAUCGUGGGCGGUGGGAUUCGUCAGCCACACACUCACACCUUGUGAAAACAGAGACAGCAGUAGUUUUACCAGCGGCCUCCUGGUCCAGUCCGACUGUUUCUGGGUGAUGUUGCUGUACCGACCGGCGAUUGAGAAUGUCAGUGCAGUCCACUCUCCAUCCUUGCCCUUUAACACUGGACCACAGUGUCCCUCCUAAAAGUUUUUAUUUUUUACUACAAUACGAUGCUAGAAGAAGAGGUAAAACAGCGUCAUUGAAUUGUGUUUCUCAUAUUAUUUUAACCCCUUUGCGACUGACGGACUUCAAGUGUAUGUGGAAUAUCUAGGAGAAUGAAGGAGAACGUCAGCGGGGAAACGGCUAACCGUGAGACAAAGUGUUUGGUGAACCCGAUUCAGCGGUGGAUUUUCGGCGAAAACGAGAUAUAAAAUUUACUAAGGCUCAGAAUAGUUAAGGAAGAAGACAUGCCUGAGUCACAUGUAAAUCUCUGGAGUUAAGAUUAAGUUGUAGACCAGUGUAGUGUCCAUCGACGAGGUACUGACCCCUUGUGGAUUAACCUGGCCUAGACGUGAUAUGAUUUCUUUUUCUGUUAUUUCUUAUUGAAUUGUAAUAGAAAUCACGUAGGUUUAAAAGUUGUAAACAUGAACAUAUGAGAGAAAGAUGUAUGGAUUUGGAGAAUAUGGUUAAGAAAAGUAGCAUUGUGUAACCUCGAGUUACAGGUUUUCAUUUUAUGUGCCGAAUGAACGGACAAUUCCUUGAUCGUCUUCGAUCCAGCACCCAGAAGCACGUGGGCUAGGAGCACCGUUAGCGCGUGACGUCACUGUGGUGUACCUCCCAUGUGACCCCGGAGUGUAUUUAUGUUAUGUGGAUUCUAGUUGGAUGGAGAUGUGGAUGGCGACAACCCGAAAAUAGUGGGACGACGAACUUAGUACACAAUAAUUGCUAGAGCGGUUAUAAGACAGGUAAUGGAACCGGAACAUUAGAAUUGGAACCUUAUUGCUAAACAGUACAAAAGAGUGCUAAGAUUGUAUAAUCUUCAUACUUUGAUAUCAAGAUUUGACUAUGCUGAGAUUGAUUGUGGGUAGUGACCCGGAUGUUGACAUUGCAUGUAUCGUUAAAAUUUUCGUCGCCAAUAGAGCGCUGUGUUGAGGCGAAUAGUUACAAAUAAGUAUUUUUGUCGUACUUCGUACUUUGACCUUUCGGACAGCUUAUUGGUUGAGCAUUCCACCAAGUCAGCUCAAGACUGGACGUUACCAACAGACAUUUUCUCUAAGCACACAGUGCAGAAAACAACCACAGCGGCCAUCAUUAUUCCUCAUCAGAGAAAUGUUUAACAGUAAAGUAUUUGGCCACCGAGUUUGCUGGUUCUACCAAUAGAUAAUGGUCUACAAACGAGGAAGAAAGAAAGAAAGAUUGAAAGAAAGAAAGAAAGAAUGGAAGAAAGAAAGAAAAAAA